CCGGCUCCGGCCAGGCGCCCGAGCUUUCGGAGCGUGACUCGUAGGCCGGCGCUCGGCGCGCGCCCUCACACUAAAGACGUUUCUUCCCGGCGGGGAGGAAUACCGCUGGCGAGCCGAACAGCUCCCCGAGCGCAGUCCACGGACCGCCACCCGGCCAGGGCCGCUUUUGUCCCCCGCCCGCCGCCUCUGUCCGAGAGGCCGCCCGCGGGGCGCAUCCCGACCGCGAGCGUCCGGUCCCAGAGUUGGGUGCGGCUGGGGCCCGAGGCUGGCAUCUCUCGGGAGCCGCAAGGCGAGAGCUGCAAAGGAGCAGUGGGCUGUUGAUGCUGGAUGAAGAUGUAAAAGUCAAGAGAAGACUCUAAAAAUAGCAAAGAUGCUUUUGAGCCAGAAUGCCUUCAUCGUCAGACCACUUAAUUUGUUUCUCAUGGUGUGUAUCAACCUCGUGUUUGGUAUUUCACAUGAUUUGCCUGAUGACACAAGUGCAUCUUGCACUUUUAAGAUAUCAUUGCGAAAUUUCCGGUCCAUCUUAUCAUGGGAAUUAAAAAACCACUCCAUUGUGGCAACUCACUAUACGUUGCUGUAUACAAUCAUGAGUAAACCAGAAGAUUUGAAGAUGGUUAAGAACUGUGCAAAUACCACAAGAUCAUUUUGUGACCUCACAGAUGAGUGGAGAAGCACACACGAGGCCUAUGUCACCAUCGUAAAAGGAUUCAGCGGGAAUACAACCUUGUUCAGUUGCUCACACAAUUUCUGGCUGGACAUAGACAUGUCUUUUGAACCGCCAGAGUUUGAGAUUGUUGGUUUUACCAACCACAUUAAUGUGAUCGUGAAAUUUCCAUCUAUUGUUAAAGAAGAAUCACAGUUUGAUUUAUCACUUGUCAUUGAAGAACAGUCAGAGGGGAUUGUUAAGAAGCAUAAACCUGCAAUAAAAGGAAACAUGAGUGGAAAUUUCACCUAUAUCAUUGACAAGUUAAUUCCAAAUGCAAACUACUGUGUAUCUGUUUAUUUCGAGCAUAACGAUGAGCAGGCAGUAAUAAAGUCUCCCUUAAAAUGCACCCUCCUUCAACCUGGCCAGGAAUCAGAAUCAGCAGAAUCUGCCAAAGUAGGAGGAAUAAUUACUGUGUUUUUGAUGGCAUUGGCCUUGAUAAGCACCAUAGUGACACUGAAAUGGAUUGGUUAUAUAUGCUUAAGAAACAGCCUCCCCAAAGUCUUGAAUUUUCAUAACUUUUUAGCCUGGCCAUUUCCUAACCUGCCACCGUUGGAAGCCAUGGAUAUAGUGGAGGUCAUUUACAUCAACAGAAAGAAGAAAGUGUGGGAUUAUAAUUAUGAUGAUGAAAGUGACAGCGAUACUGAGGCAGCGCCCAGGACAAAUGGCGGUGGCUAUACCAUGCAUGGACUGACUAUCAGGCCUCUGGGUCAGGCGUCCGCCACCUCUACAGAAUCCCAGUUUAUGGACCCAGACUCCGAGGAGGAGCCUGACCUGCCUGAGGUUGAUGUGGAGCUCCCCACGACGCCAAAGCGCAGCCCUCAGCAGUUGGAGCUCUUGAGUGCGCCCUGUGAGAGGAGAGAGAGUCCACUCCAGGACCCCUUUCCCGAAGACGACUACAGCUCCACUGAGGGGUCUGGGGGCAGAAUUACCUUCAAUGUGGAUUUAAACUCUGUGUUUUUGAGGGUUCUUGAUGAUGAGGACAGUGAUGACUUAGAAGAAGCCCCUCUGAUGAUAUCAUCUCAUCUGGAAGAGAUGGUUGACCCAGAGGAUCCUGACAAUGUGCAGUCAAGCCAUUUGCUGGCCAGUGGGGAAGGGACACAACCAACCCUUCCCAGCCCCUCUUCAGAAGGCCUGCAGUCUGAAGAUGCUCCAUCUGAUCAAAGUGACACUUCUGAGUCAGAUGUUGACCUUGGGGAUGGUUAUAUAAUGAGAUGACUCCAAAACUAUUGAAUGAACUUGGACAGACAAGCACCUAUAGGGUUCUGUCUCCCUGCACCCUAACUUGCUGCCUUAUUGUCUGCAAGCGUUCUCCAAGGGAAGAGGUAGGGAACUGUAGGGUACUCCAUUCUUCCAGGUGACAUUACCUAUGCAGAUUCCCAGUAUGGGGACCAUAGUAUCAUUGAGUGCAUUGUUUACAUAUUCAAAGUGAUGGACUUUGAAGGAAGCACGUGUGCACCUUCCCUUUACACUAAUGCACUUAGAAUGUUUAUGCAUCAUGUUUACCAGGGAGCAGGGUUCCCUGUGGUUUCAGAGGUGGUCCAGGACCCUAUAUUUCUUUUCUUUUUUUUUGUUGAGACAGUCUCAUUCUGUCACCCAAGCUGGAGCGCAGUGGCGUGAUCUCGGCUCACUGCAACGUCUGCCUCCCGGGUUCAAGCGAUUCUCCUGCCUCAGCCUCCCUCACGAGUAGCUGGAUGGAACUACAGGCGCCCACCACCACACCUGGAAAAUUAUUGUAUUUUUUAGUAGAGACGGGAUUUCACCAUGUUGGCCAGGCUGAUCUCUAACUCCUGACCUCAAGUGAUCCGCCCCCUUCAGCCUCACAAAGUGCUGGGAUUACAGGGGUGAGCCGCUGUGCCCAGCUAGCCCUGUGAUAUUUCUGGGAAGUAAAUUGGGCCAGGGUAGGAGCAGCGAAAGACAAGGAAAAUAGUAGCAAGAGCUGCAAAGCAGGCAGGAAAGGAGGAGGAGAGCCAGGUGAGCUGCUGGAGAGAAGGGGGGCCCUGCACAAGGAAACAGGGAAGAGCCAUCGAAGUUUCAGUCAGUGAGCCGUGGGCACCUCACCCAUGUCACAUCCUGUCUCCUGCACUUGGAAUUCCACCUUGUCCAGCCCUCCCCAGUUAAAGUGGGGAAAACAGACUCUAGGAUCAGGCACGUGACUAAUACAGAAAGGAAACAUGGCGUCGGGGAGAGGGAUAAAAACCUGAGUGCCAUAUUUUAAG